GAUAAGAAAGGCACAGCCUGCGUAUAGAAUAAAUUCAUACAGUUCGUUUAAGAGUUUGAACAAUGGCUGGACUGGUUUUAAUCCUCUCUGUUUUCUUAACAUGGCAGACAAUAGAAAGCUUCUUGUUGGACGAUCGUUGUCAUCAAUACACAUGUAGCGGCAAUGGAGAUUGUUCCGAGGUGAAUGGCCUUGUCACGUGUCACUGUCGUCGCAAUUUCGCUGGAAACCGAUGCGAGCUAACUGACUAUUGCCUGGGUCUUCCUUGUAGAGGUCAUUCACAGUGCGAAGACAUUAAAGACUUUCCACACUUUAUGUGCACAUGUGACGCAGGUUACACUGGACGAUACUGCGACACACAUGUGACCGGAUCCCAGUCGAAUUUCAAUGGACAAACCCAUACCGCACAUACAUGUGCUAGUCAAUAUUGUAAUCACCAUGGCGACUGCUCUGACGUUAACGGACAACAAACAUGUAAAUGUCACUCUGGAUAUUCAGGACAUCAGUGUCAGCAUACAACAUGUUCUGAGUCCCUGUGUUCCGAAAAAGGCAGCUGUACCUACUUAGAUGGUGACACCAGCAAUAUACAGUGCCAAUGUUACCCUGGCUUUUACAGUUCAAGGUGUCAACACGUUGCGUUGCAAAUAACACAUGGAUCAUGUUUGAGCUCGUGUUCUGGCCACGGGGAUUGUUAUAACGUUCACGGGAUUCAUGUGUGCAGUUGUCAUCAUGGCUUCUAUGGGGAUAUGUGUCAACAUACAUUAUUUACAACUACAACGAGCGCAACCACCACCACCACCACCACCACCACCACCAUCACCACUAUCGCCCCACCCGCAAAUACAGUCCACCACUGUGACCGAUCGUACUGUAAUGGUUACGGAGACUGUGAAAUAAUCGAUGGUCAGAGGAGAUGUUUAUGUUAUCAAGACUUCCACGGCGACACUUGUCAAUAUAGAUCUUCAAACCAUGCAUCCACUGAUUGCCAUAGCGAGGACUGUUCACAUGAAGGAACGUGCUAUAUGCAGGAUGGAAGACCACAUUGUCAAUGCUACACCCAUCGAUAUGGAGACUACUGUGAAUAUUUUGAUUAUUGCGAAGCUGUCUCGCCGUGCUUGAAUGGUGGGACCUGUGUAAACCAGAUGGACGUCAACCAUUCUUACUCUUGUACAUGCCCAUACGGACGAGAAGGAAGCCAUUGUGAGAAUGAAUCGCCAACUACAACAACAACAACGACUCAACGAUCCUCAACUACUGCGCCAACUUCAUCGGUGACAUCAACAACGGCACCAACAACGACUCCACCCUAUCCCUAUUCCCACUGCAACAAAUACUCGACUGUUGGUGACCUCGCGCAUAAUGACUCUGUGGAACAACCUACUGCGUUUCAAUGUUCAAGCGGAAGUCAUACCGGAUCAGACGCUUUCGUUCUUCAAAAUUGCAACGUUAAUGCUUCAAACCAGUGGAUGCAAGGAAGACAAGUGGUUACUGAUUGCUCCGACAUACCAGCUUUCACUCCCAUUGCAACCUUUGAGGUGGGGACAUUUUCCAGCAAAAACGUGGCAGGAGUCUUCAUUGAUUGCCUUUCAAAUGGAUUCAGGAUUGCAACACAGUCUUGUGACCAGUCUCCAACGAUCGUGCAUAUUGCGAACGGGGGAUCGGGAAAUCUAAAUCCAAAUGCUUAUUAUACUGUCCAAUAAAUUAGAAGUAACGUUAUAUAUAACCAUGUGUACAUGGUAUUAAAUACUUGUUGGGUU